UUCCGGCGCCGACUUCCGGCGGCGGCGGUGGUUCUGCGGUAUGACUAGCCUGCACCCCACCCCAUGGCGUCUCCAAGCGCUGGGCCGGCGGAGCUGGGCUUCGUGGAGGCGGCGCCAUCGUGGCGGCUGCGCAGCGAGCAGUUCCCCAGCAAGGUGGGCGGCCGGCCGGCGUGGCUGAGUGCGGCUGGGCUGCCCGGGCCUCCGGAGCUGGCCUGCCCGCUGUGUGGCCGCCCGAUGGCCUUCCUGCUGCAGGUGUACGCGCCGCUGCCAGGCCGCGCCGACGCCUUCCACCGCUGUCUCUUCCUCUUCUGCUGCCGGACGCCACCGUGCUGCUGCGGCCUGCGCGUUUUCAGAAAUCAGCUGCCCAGAAGAAAUGACUUCUACUCCUAUGAGCCACCUUCUGAGGAUCCUCCGUCAGAGACAGGAGAGUCUGUGUAUCUCCAGCUCAAGUCUGGUGCACAUCUCUGCAGAGUUUGUGGCUGUUCAGGCCCCAAAAGAUGCUCCAGAUGUCACAAGGCACAUUACUGCAGUAAGGAGCAUCAGAGUCUGGAUUGGCGAUUAGGACAUAAGCAGGCUUGUGCGCAGACAGAUAAUUUGGACAAUACAGUUCCAGAUCACAACUUCCUUUUUCCAGAAUUUGAAAUUGUAAUAGAAACAGAAGAUGAGAUUAUGCCUGAAGUUGUGGAACGAGAUAAUGAAUCAGAAAUUAUAGGAGGCAUGGGUGAAGCACAUGAGGAAGACUUGGAAUCCAUGGCAAAACAUGAAUCUAAGGAAGAUAAAAUUUUCCAGAAGUUUAAGACUAAAAUAUCCCUUGAACCAGAACAGAUUCUCAGAUACGGCAGAGGGAUUGCCCCGCUCUGGAUCUCCGGUAAAAAUAUCCCUCAAGAAAAGGAUAUUCCAGAUUGCCCCUGUGGUGCUAAGAGAUUAUUUGAAUUCCAGGUCAUGCCUCAGCUGCUCAACUACCUGAAGGCGGACAGACUGGGCAGGAGCGUCGACUGGGGCGUCCUGGCUGUCUUCACCUGUGCUGAAAGCUGCGAACUGGGCACUGGCUAUGCAGAGGAGUUUGUUUGGAAGCAGGAUAUAACAGAUGCAGCCUAAAGACAAUGGUGUAAAGCCUUAAAAUAUUCAUCAUCUCUUCUACCUUGCAGUUCCAUUUCUAGAACUUUAUCCUAAGGAAACAGUCAUACCAGGGAUACACAAAGAUGUUUUAGGUGUUGUUUACAUUGUCUGAAUGCUAGACAAAAGUGUCCAGUGGCAGGGAAUUCAAUAAAUUCUGGUGUAUCUGUCUAGCAGGAGGCUACGAUCUUAAUGAUACAGACCUAUAUGCAGAUCAAAUAAAAUACACAGUAUCAUCUAUAAUACCAUACCAUCUAUAAUACCAUGAUAGAUGGUAUUCAUAGUGUGAAGUUUUUGUAAAAAUAUACAUGUGUAUGUGUAUCAAAAAAUUGGAAAGAUACUAGUUGUGAACUCAACAGUGGAACCAAGAACUUUUUACUUAUAUUUAAAAUUAAUUUUUUACUUUUGCCAUAUUUAAAAAGAACUAAGAUCUUUGUACUUAUAUUUCUUUUUACAAUAAAAGUGGAUUAGGUGCCUAAUUAAGUCAAACUAUCAUUCACAGCAUUUUCCCCCUAAAAUUUGCAAAAUUUAAGAGAAAAAUGUUUGGGUAAAACCCCAGGAGACAUGUAUAAUAAUCAGGUGAUUGUCACAGGCUCCAGUUUACAUGGAAGCCAAGAAUGUGAGAAAAUUCUGAACCCCAUUCAAUAAUUGGACUUCCCUGGUGGCUCAGAUGGUAAAGUGUCUGCCUGCAAUGUGGGAGACCUGGAUUUGAUCCCUGGGUUGGGAUGAUCCCCUGAAGAAGGAAAUGGCAUCCCACUCCAGUACUCUUGCCUGGAAAACCAUUCACUAAUCACUAAUCAGUCACUAAUUAGCAUGAUGAAUGGGAUACCCACUAAUUCUGAAAGCAACAGUUAGCAGGAUCAGAAAAACCAGCAGAUUUGUGAUCAGAAGAGCUGACUUUGAAAAGCUCUACCUCAAAACUGACCUUAGUCAGCCAGUGGCACUACUUACAGACCGCAGACUGAAAGGCAAGAGUGAUGGUCUCUUUCCAUCUGCCUGUCUCAUAGCACUGCCCAUGUGGCAGGUAAACCCAAGUAAUGAUUUGGAAUCAACCACUGAAAUUUCUCUGGGUUGGGCCUCAGAGACUGUUGGGCCUAAGGGAGGCCCUGAAGAGGCUUUCAGAUGAGGGAUAUUCUGUUUACACAAGUGGUUCCUAAGUCAGUGCUAAGGCUCCUUCCCACCCCAAGCAAUAUGCACUUCCAGUGAGAUAAUUCCCAGUUCUCUUAGCAGCAGUGAAGCCUGCCCAGCACUAAGGCAAACCUGAAGAGACAUCGCUGUCGAUCACUGCUUGCAGACCAACAGCUAAUUCUGGUUAACGGCCCUGCUAACCCUGAAAUGCACUGCUGCCACAAACAACUUAGAAUGGCGUAACGUCACUGACUUGAUCACUUCAUUAUACCUUUAUAUCAGGAAGUCCUAGCCUUUUACUCGGUAUCAUAUGUAUAGUAGUGUUCUGCUGUAGUGGUAUUAGUUGCUCAGUCAUGUCCGACUCUGCAACCCCAUGUACUGUAGCCUGCCAGGCUCCUGUCCAUGAAAUUCUUCAGGUAAGAAUAUUGGAGUGGGUAGCCAUCCCUUUCUCCAGGGUAUCUUCCCAACCCUAGGAUCAGACCCAGGUCUCCCACAUUGCUGGCUGAUUCCUUACCGUCUUGAGCCACCAGGUGUGUGUGAGUAUGUAAUUCAUACAAAGAUGCAUAUAUAAAACAGUUAUAUGUAGCACUAUAUGGGAAACUGCAGUAUGGAAUCCCAUGGAGAGAUUGUUAAAUGCAAGUUUCAGAGGGAGAGGACAGCGUUAACAGUACUGAAGCUAGGAGUCAGUGACAAUCACCCAUAAUUAAGGGGACAUAGCCUGUGGCUACUGAGAGACAAUAUGGCAAGAGUCACACACUUAGCUGGAAGCUCACUGGAGAACUCAUCUAGUGGGACCUUCAUAGUCCAAACUGUAACUCAGAUAUAAGUGCCAAAACAGGACAGCACCCUGACUGCUAAGGACUUUUUAAGUGAAUUCACUGUGGUCUAUUUGGAGACAUCCCUGGAUGUCUACAUAGACAUUCUUGCAGGCGUGUGUGUGGUAAUCAGCCAAGCUAUCCUUUAGGUGUAUAUUCCUGCCACAGUCUGGAGAUGACAGUGAGUUCACAGGGCAUUUCCACUUGGACACAGACAUUCAAAUCACAGCACUGACUUGGCAGCCAUGUCCAAAAAAAGCAACUAGUUGAAAUAACUAAAAAAUUUUAAAACUUAGAUUAAAAAAGUAACUCAGUUGUCUCUAGAAAUGUGAAGACACAUUUAAAAAUCUUAAUGUUGACCAUGAAAUGAUUGAUGCAAGACACAGCAACUGCUCCUGCAGAGGAUACAAACUGCCAAACCACGUGCUCCACCAUCCCCCCAAACCUUGGCUUGGCCUGGCCGCCGCCUGACCAGGCAGCUUACCCCACUGCAGAGAGCAGAGCAUCCACCUCUCCUUACGUUAGAUAUGAGUGCGGGUCUCGGCCUUCAACAAUUCAGAGAUUUUAGUGAAGAAACGUUUCAGUGCUUUUGAUAAUCAUACUGGUGGUAGUACUCUGUUAUUCUAACUCAUCAUCCCAUGUGUCUUUAACAAUUAAGGGUUCUCAGCAUAAAAUACUUAAUACAGAGCUGAUGGGGGGACACAUGCAUACCUGUGGCUGAUUGAUGAAUUUAAAAAAAUUACGAAGCUGACUAAAAGCCCUAUAGUCUGGACUGCAUGUAUUAAUAUGAACUCAUGAGGCAUUUUUUUUUUUUCAUGAGGCAUUUUUAUCUUGAGAAGUUUUAAAGAAGUAAGCACUUACCCUGCUAUGUGAAGUAUAUCACUAUAAAAAAAUUUUCCAACAAGUAAUGAUAAAGUGAUUAAAAUUUCAUCUUUUACAACCUAAUGAAUUAAUGGAUCAAUGAGGAGACAAUCAGACAUUCAAUUCCUAAAACCACUAUGACAGUCUCUACAAAGGGAUCAAGCCUUCAGAUGCAGCCACGCACCUGCAGGACACAGAACCAGGGGCACGCGGACUGCAGGACGCCGCCAGCCAAACAAGCCUGAAAGUUUCCUUCAGUGAGAUGGCGGGGGACUCCAGGAAUAAAACAGACAUAAAAACGUACCAGCUUAUUAAAAUGGAAGACGAAUCAAUAUUGGUGUUUGGUAAUUAAAAGGAUAAUGGUUAUGGGAGUGUGUGUCUGGAUUGAACCAUAAUGAGCUUCUGGGAUGUUUUGCAAGGUUCAGGGUGGUGGCUGCUGGGGUGUCUGCCUCUGGAAUAUGUUAUGCGAAACGUGUAUUGGGUUUCCUGUGUGUGCUGCAUUUCACAACUGUAACAGUCAAGUGAUUGGAAAUAAAUAUAUCAAUAAUUUUAAAGUA